AAUAAUCAUUCUAACAUUGUAUUUCGUUUAACAGCCGCGCACACAAACACAUAAAAAAGUUACUAAUUAGGACUUCAGAGUCACAUUUUUAGGACAAACAUAUGAUGAACUCCUACUAAAGAAGCAAAACAAAGACUAAUUCGUGUUGAUAUUAUAACAACUUCGACAAAAUGGAGAAAAAAGUAAAAAUUGAAGAAUUGGAUCCAAUAAAAUAUGGGCCGUUAAAAGGGUAUUUCGAAGGCUACCGUUUCUACGGCCCGUCGAGCGAUACCGGUUACCUCAUGCCUGCUGGCUACAAGGAGCUUGCUGAUAACGUCUUGAACAUGACUGCUCGUCCUGAUGACGUGUGGGUCACUGGGUACCCUCGCUCGGGAACAACGCUUACACAAGAGCUGGUCUGGCAAGUUGCGAAUGGAUGUGAUUACGAGAAGGCUUCGAAAAGCCCUUUGAUGGAAACGAUAUAUGUUUUUAGAACAUACUUAUAUGUUUAUUUCAGAGGAGAAAUGUCUGUAAAUUUAAUCCAGUCAAGGGUGAACGGAGAAGUAUCUGAACCCGUUUACACCAUGGACGCUGUAAACGAAGCACCUUCGCCCCGGUUCAUAAAAACUCAUUUUCCCUUCUCGCUCCUGCCCUCAAAUCUACUGGACACAACUAAAGUAGUGUACAUAGCCCGCGACCCUAGGGACGUAGUUGUAUCCCUUUACCAGUUCGCAAGGAGACUGAUGACCAUUAAAACAGACUUUAAAACGUUUUGGACUCUUUUCUUCAAUGAUUUGGUUAUCUAUUCCCCAUGUUUAGCGCAUGUAAAAGAAGCGUGGCAGCUCCGCCAUCAUCCAAAUAUGGAAUUCAUAUUCUACGAAGAUAUGAUAAGGGAUAUACCCUUAUAUAUCAAACGGGUGGCAGAUUUCCUUGACAAGAAGUUAACAGAUGAUCAAAUCGCCGAACUAACAGAACACUUGAAUAUUAAGAACUUCAGGAAAAACGAGUCUGUGAACCCGAACUGGAUGAAUAAGAGUGGUAACCCCGAUUCUGAGGGUUUUAUUAGAAAAGGUGAAGCGGGAGGAUGGCGCGAGCAUUUUGAUGAGGAGAUGGCAGCGCAGGCGCAGCGCUGGAUAAGCGAACACCUCGCUGGCUCCGACCUGCGCUUCCCCGAUCAUACCUCCCAAUAAUAUAUAUCCAUAGACAAUAUAGACAUAUAUUACUUCGUAUGGACUUACUAUACGAUCCUACGAAUGCAGCCGACUCAUAGCAUGCAACAUACAAUCACGCCUGUAUCCCAUGAAGGGGAAUGCAGAGCACAUGAAACUACUCAAGUUUCAGUGCCACUCUUGGCAAAUAAGGGGUCGAAAGAAAACGAAACUGUGACAUUAAAGUGACAGGUUGCCAGCCUCUCGCCUACGCCACAAUUUACCCCUAUCCCUCAGUCGCCUUCUACGACACCCACGGGAAGAAAGGGGGUGGUGAAAUACCGAUAAUAGCCGACUCAUAGAAUGUGUUAAAACCGAUCAUCAACUAAAUAUGUGGCGCGAUCUAAACCAGCAUAUUUUUUUAGACUUUGUCUUUUACGGAGUUAUAAUAGUUUUUGAUGAAACCUAUAUAGCUUCAUACAAUUGUAAAUAAGUACGUAAUGUAUCGCGUCACACCGAAUAUAUUUACGUUUACGACUGCCGUUACGCGUGAAAAGCCACAAAAUCGGUUUAAACGAGCCGUUAAACUGACGCAUUGGACUCUACACACAAUAACUGCGGCUUUAUUAUACUUGCAAGCAGAGUUUUAUCUCAGCUAGACUUGCAGAAUGCUCUUUGUUAAAAUAUUUGAGUGUGUCUUUCUGUGAACCUAGGAAAAAAACAGUGUGCUAUUCGAACCCGUAAGUCGAGUACAUAAAUAUGUGUACGUUUUUUUACCUUAUUGAACGAGUUACGAUGAAGAAAUGUACUUACACAUAUUUAUGAACUCGACUGUACCACUCAUUUCUGAGGUAAAAGAAGGAAAAAUGUUUAAGUAUAUUAGUUUAGUAAAAAAUACAAUAUACAAUUCCUCAAGGGUCUAUUUUAGAAAUUAACACAAAAUAAAUAUUAACUAGCUUUUAAUUUUAGUUUUAGUUACUUAUAUAAUUAAAUCUAUUUAGUAUUAUAAUAAUAAAAUGUUGUAUCAUAUAA